ACAUAUACAUACAUACAUAACAGAGUUUCACACGUGCGUAAACCAUGAUGUUUUGACACUUCACUCAUUUGAAAUAACAUAACCACAAUACAAAAUAUAGCGAUAGCAAAAUAUACGAUGGACGAAGAAAUGGACACAAAUCAAACCAUUCCAGCCGAAAAUAAUAAUGGUACCAUUGCUAAAGCAAAAAAGAAAUUCGUUCAUCCAAAGAAAACCGUCGAAGAACGAAAAUUGGAGAAAGAGAAACGGAAACUUCGGAAGGCUCGAAUUAUUCUACGAAAUUUGCCAUUCAAAAUCAGCGAAAGUGAUUUGAGCAAGGUGUUCGCCAAAUAUGGUGCGAUAAAAGAGUGUAAUAUUUUGAAACGUGAAGAUGGCAAAUUGGUGGGAUGUGCAUUCAUUCAAUAUGACAAAGUAAAUCAUGCAGCAAAAGCAAUCCACCAUGCUAACGGCAAAGAGAUGUUUGGACGACCCAUCAUUAUCGAUUGGGCUGUUAAUCGUUCUGUAUUCGGUAAGCACAUACGACAGCAGAAACAGUCGAACAAAAAAGUUCAAGUCAAAACUGAAGAUGAUUCGGAAGAGAAGGAGAUCAAACAGGAAAGCGAGGAGGAAAACACGGAAGCAAGUGAAGGUGAUGACGAUGAUAUGGCCGACGAUCAGGAAAACGAUGAGCUAGAUGGUGGAGAAGGCAGUGAGGCUAGUGAGGCUAGUGAGGCUAGUGACAGUGAUACAGGUGACGAAAAGAAACCAAUCCAUCAAAAAUCGAAUGACGUCGCCGAAGGAUGUACUGUAUUUAUCAAAAAUAUUCCAUUCGAUUCAACAAAAGAUGAUUUAUACAAAGUGUGUCGUCAAUUCGGACCUCUGUACUAUGCGGUUAUAACGAUCGAUAAAAUCUCCGGACAUAGUAAGGGAAAUGGUUUCGUGAAGUUUAAGACGAAAGAAUCGGCGGACAUGUGUUUGAAUGCAGGAACAUCGUUUAAACUGCUUGAUCAGGUUUUAGAUCCCCAAGCAGCGUUAUCUCGUAAUGAGAUCGAGCAAAAAAAGAACACCGACAAAAAACAACCAAGCGAUUCACGCAAUCUGUAUUUAGCAAAAGAAGGCACCAUUUUAGCCGGUACAUCGGCAGCUGAAGGUGUUUCAGCAUCCGAUUUAGCAAAGCGAUUACGUUUAGAACAGAGCAAGAAUCAAUCGCUGAAAAAUUUAAAUCGCUUCGUCUCAAAAGAACGUUUGACAGUUCACAAUAUACCACCAAGCUAUGAUAGUGGAAAACUUAAAAUGGUUAUCGUCAAAGCAUGUGGCUUAAAACCAAAAGAAUGUCGUGUUAUGCGUGAAAACAAACCAUCGCUGGGCCAUCCGUUGGGUAAAUCGAAAGGAUAUGGAUUUUUAUCCUUCAAAAAUCAUGAUGAGGCUUUAAAUUGUUUACGCAAAGUCAACAAUAAUCCAAAAGUAUUUGGAAAAAAUAAUAGACCAAUCGUGUCAUUCAGUAUAGAAGAUCACGCUGUUCACAAUAUCAAAAUGAAACGCUUGCUGAAAUCACAACAAAAAAAUCCACUGUUCAAGAAGAAUGCCGAUAAACGCUCCGAUGUGAAGCCAAGUGCAAAAUCAUUGAGAAAAAUUGAAAAAUCCUCGAGCAAUUCGAAAACCAACGAAAAUAAUGAGAUUUUAGCUGAAUUUGCUGGAACAACAGCUGAAGAGGGGAGCAAAUAUAAAACACGACCACAAUGGAAAUUACGGGAAGAUAAUACAUCUCACAGUAAGACUGUCAAAGCCAACAAGAAAAUGUUGCGAAAACAAAAAAUGCUAAAAGAAAUCCGACAAGAAAAACGGCAGAUUGAUCGAACGAAAAUGAAAAAACGCAAUCCAAAAGAUAUCGAUAAUUCGUUAGUAAAUAAAUAUUUGAAAAUUCUGCAUUCAAACGAUGAAUCGCAGGUCAAACCGAAAAAAUCAAAAUGGUACGUCGAUUAAGUCCU